GAGAAGACGACAGAAAGGGAGGGGAAGAAAGCGCUGGCACCCCGAGGUGAGAGCGCAGAAAAACUCUCCGCCGCGGGAGCCGCGCGCCGCUCAGGUGGCCCUUUCCCGCUCAGGUGAGCUCCUCCCGCGCUUCCCAUUGGCCAAGCCGCCAGCGGCGCUGGGAGGGCGACGCAGCCCGGUCUAGUUCAGGGUCUAGGGCGGCGCGUCACUUCCGGUAGCGCGGAGCUUGUAAAACACCCUGGAGAGAAAAUGGCGGCGGCAGCGGCUUCGGCGCCUCAACAGCUCUCGGAUGAGGAGCUUUUCUCUCAGCUCCGCCGUUACGGCCUGUCUCCUGGCCCAGUGACGGAGAGCACCCGCCCGGUCUACCUCAAGAAGCUGAAGAAGCUUCGAGAGGAAGAGCAGCAGCAGCACCGGUCAGGGGGCCGCGGCACCAAGACGCGGAACAGUAAUGACAAUAACACGGCAGCCGCCACGGUCGUCGCCUCGGGACCGGCGGCGGCGGCCGUGGGGAUGGGGGUCCGGCCGGUCUCGGGCGACCUCUCCUACUUACGGACUCCUGGGGGCCUGGGCCGGAUCUCGGCUUCGGGCCCGGAGAGCCCCUUGGGAGGGCCCGGGGGCUCCUCGGCCGCCCCCACGGCUGGCAGCAAAGUGCUGCUGGGCUUCAGCUCGGACGAGUCGGACGUGGAGGCCAGUCCCCGGGAUCAGGCCGGCGGCGGCGGCGGCGGGAGAAAAGACCGGGCUCCGCUCCAGUACCGCGGGCUCAAACCGCCGUCGGCGCCCCUGGCCGCCAGCGAGGUGACUAACAGCCACUCGGCCGAGCGGAGGAAGCCCCACUCGUGGUGGGGGGCCAGGAGGCCGGCGGCUCCGGAGCUGCAGAGCCCGUCGGGGAGAGAAGGGGCGGCGGAGGACGAAGAGCAGGAGGGGGAGGACGGCGAGGACAGGGACCCGGAGGCCGAGGAGCCGCUGUGGUCCGGCCGGACCGUGAAUGGCAGUCGGCUGCUCCCCUACAGCUGCCGGGAAAACUAUUCGGACUCGGAGGAAGAGGAGGACGACGACGUGGCCUCCAGCAGACAGGUAUUGAAGGACGACUCCCUUUCCCGGCAUCGGCCCAGGCGGGGCCAUAGUAAGCCUCUCUCCCCGCUGCCUGCGAAAUCGGCCAGCGGCCGGCUGGAGACCUCAGUUCAGGGAGGGGGAGGAAUCGCGAUGAAUGACAGGGCGGCGGCCGCCGGGAGUCUAGACAGGAGCCGAAACCUCGAGGAGUCGGCGGCGGCGGCGGAGCAGGGAGGAGGGUGUGAUCAACUGGACUCCGGCCCCAUUCCUAGAUACCGUGUUAACGCUAAGAAACUGGCCCCUCUCCUGCCGCCGCCGCCGCCGCUCGCCGACAUGGACUCAACCUUGGAUUCGUCCACAGGCUCCCUUCUUAAAACCAAUAAUCAUAUCGGCGGUGGGGCCUUCAGCGUGGACUCCCCCAGGAUUUUUUCCAACAGCCUCCCUCCCAGUGCUGCGGUGGCCGCCUCCAGUUCACUCAGGAUCAAUCACUCCAAUCAUACGGGCUCCAAUCAUACCUACCUGAAAAACACCUACAGCAAACCGAAGCUUUCCGAGCCUGAGGAGGAACUUCUCCAGCAAUUCAAACGGGAGGAGGUGUCCCCUACAGGGGGUUUCAGUGCCCACUACUUGUCGAUGUUUCUCUUAACUGCUGCCUGCCUAUUUUUCCUCAUAUUGGGACUGACUUACCUAGGAAUGAGAGGGACAGGAGUAUCCGAGGAUGGAGGACUCGGCAUAAAAAACCCCUUUGAUGAAACGUUUGGAAAAAUACAAGAAAGUGAAAAAAAUCUUAUGAUGAACACCUUAUACAAGCUUCAUGAUCGAUUGGCACAGCUUGCAGGAGAUCAUGAAUGUGGCAGUUCUAGUCAGAGAACACUUUCUGUCCAAGAGGCAGCUGCAUAUUUAAAAGAUUUAGGCCCUGAAUAUGAAGAUAUAUUUAACACCUCAUUGCAGUGGAUUUUAGAAAAUGGAAGAGAUGUUGGAAUAAGGUGUGUUGGUCAUGGCCCUGAGGAAGAAUUGACAGAUAUAGUUGAUGUACAGUUUUUACAAUCCACAAGACCGCAGAUGUCUUUCUGGUGUCGUUUUCGACGUGCUUUUAUUACUGUCACCCACAGGUUAUUGUUGUUAUGUUUAGGUGUAGUGAUGGUUUGUGUUGUUCUACGUUACAUGAAAUAUCGCUGGACAAAAGAGGAAGAGGAAACGAGGCAGAUGUAUGAUAUGGUGGUAAAGAUUAUAGAUGUUUUACGAAGUCAUAAUGAAGCUUGCCAGGAAAAUAAAGAUUUACAGCCUUACAUGCCUAUUCCCCACGUGCGAGAUUCCUUAAUACAGCCUCAUGACAGGAAAAAAAUGAAGAAAGUCUGGGAUAGAGCUGUUGACUUCCUUGCUGCUAAUGAGUCUAGAGUUCGCACGGAAACACGAAGAAUAGGUGGUGCAGAUUUUCUAGUUUGGCGGUGGAUCCAGCCUUCUGCCUCCUGCGACAAAAUAUUAGUAAUACCUUCUAAAGUGUGGCAAGGUCAAGCAUUUCAUUUAGAUAGAAGAAAUUCACCACCAAAUAGUUUGACACCGUGUCUAAAGAUUCGAAAUAUGUUUGAUCCAGUUAUGGAAAUAGGGGAUCAGUGGCAUUUGGCAAUUCAAGAAGCAAUUUUAGAAAAAUGCAGUGAUAAUGAUGGCAUUGUUCACAUUGCAGUAGACAAAAACUCACGUGAGGGUUGUGUAUACGUUAAAUGUCUGUCUCCAGAAUAUGCUGGGAAAGCUUUUAAGGCAUUGCAUGGCUCGUGGUUUGAUGGAAAAUUGGUUACAGUAAAAUAUUUACGACUAGAUAGAUAUCACCAUCGCUUUCCCCAGGCUCUUACUUGCAACACUCCCUUGAAGCCAUCAAAUAAACAUAUGAACUCUAUGUCUCAUCUUCGUCUUCGGACUGGCCUAGCCAAUUCUCAAGGAGGUUCCUGAAAAGACUUUCUUCCACUCCUAGGACUGUUCUUUACAAUAGGAAAAUUCCUAUUUGGCUUUCUGUCUCCCUUUUUCAAUGCUUUUUGUACGUAAUAUUUUUAUUGAAUACAGCUCUGUUCGAACGUUCCAGAAAUAUUAAGGUUUCAAAGGGACUUAGCAGUGAGGCAGCAAUGCUGGGUAGAUAGAAUGAUUGUUUCAUUCAGUUUUUGGAGCUCGGUUAAGCCAAUGCACUUAAAGUUUUGCAUGAGGAACAUUGACCUUAUUAAGCAUUUUCAAAUGUGGUGGUUGUAUUUCUGCACCAAGAAGUGUUUGGAUAACCACACAAAAGCAUGGUGAAAAGGCUUCUUGUAUUUCCAUAAUUUCCUGUAAACUACUGUUGUGAAUUUUUGUAUACAGUCACCUACAUAGUUUCUUACAGGCUAAUGUAGUAAAACUGUUCAUUUCCCAAUUUAACUUUAGGUUUCUGUUGCUUGUAAGAGAUUCAUUUGCUACAGCUGGAAUUUGGGAAAAUUAAUUUCGGUUUAGUGGUUACAUAUAAGUAUCAGUGGAUGUACAUGUACUUAAACUGGCUUUUGUAUAUAUGUGUAAAUGCUGGUGAUGGCGAAAGUAGUCUUGUUUUGUGAGGAUGUCUGCAUUAAAGCAGUAAAAUAAGCUCCCUAUUUUAUUCAUAACCUAAUGUGUAUAUAUAUGUAUGUGUAUAUAUGUGUGUAUGUAUAUAUAUAUGUAUGUGUAUAUGUGUAUAUAUACACACACAUAUAUACAUACGGCUGUACUAUCAUAUAGAUCAAACAGCCAAACACCUGGAAGUAUUAGAUACAAGUUUAAAAUAUCUUUUAUAGGUUUUAUAUAAAAAUGUCUGAGUAUGAUUUUGUUGAAAGUUCGGAUACCAGUUGUAAUGGGUUCAGAUUUAUGUGAGCAAUAAAGAAGCAAUUGGCAGAUGUUGGAAAAGUAUUUUGUGAAAAGCUGUAUUUAUUAUAAAUGCUAGGGCUAUGACAUAGUACCAGUGGGAUUAAGUCAUUUUCCCAAUCUAUUUAUAAUUUAAUGAAAUGUUAGCUUCCCUGUUAUAUGUCAAGUUUAAAGCAGGGCACGUUGUUGCAGCAAAAUGUGUAUUUGAAAAAUUAUAUUUGUAAUUUUAGGUCAUGAAAGUUUGCAGUAUGGUAAAUGCACGAGGUUACUUUGUGCCUCGGUAUUUACUUUGUUUCAGUAAAGUUAGGUUAUUACUGUUUAUAUGAUUUCAGAUUAAAAUAAUUACCGAGCAAAGUUUACUUGUAAUGUAACAAUUGGCUUUUUUAAAAUAACCUGUUGAUAUAUCAUUGUCAGUCCAAGUAAAUAUGUGAAACAGCUGGAAUUGUACCAAUUUUAAUUUUGUUUAAAGCUCAGUUUCCUUUUUUCUUUUUUCUUUUUUUUUAAAAAUUGUAUAUGUGUUGGGUUUGCAGCAUGAACUUGCACAGUUAAUGCACGUUUUCUGGUUAAGUAAACAUGAUGCACACUGUUCUGUAACAGAAAACCCUAUUGUGCCUUACCUAUGUGCUUUUGUGGGCACCAUGUUUAUGAAUAAUAAAAAUGAUUUGUUAUCUGAAAAGAAUAAAUUUAAAAUUCUCAGUUUAUGUCUCAGAUGCUAAAGUGUGAAAAUAUAAAUAUAUAUAAUAUAUAAAAUAACCAAUCUUUCUGUAUUUUAUGUGCAUCACAGUGAUUUAUCUGAGCUUAGUGACCCCAUCUUGUGACCUGUUGGGAGAGUGAAUGUAAAAAAUAGUUGUGGCAUUUUAAAAGGUCGCCUUGAUGCAGAUGCAUCUUUUUCUUGCUUCUAAAACAUAUUCCAUGUAAACAUUGUACAUUUAUUAUUGUAAUAUAAACUAUUAUGCAGCUUAUUUUACCUGAAACUCUUAAGCCGACCAAGAUCCCUCCCUGCAAGACAGAUGGGAAUGUGUAUAAUAACUAGAUAUUUGAGAAGUUCUGAAGUUUGAUGUAAUCUGUUACUUGUCCUGUUAAAAAAAAGGAAAAAAUUCUAAUUAAAAUUUUAUUAGAUUUUUUUAA